AUGGAGAGCAGCGUGAAGCAGGUGGUGGUUGAAGAGCCACUGGACCCGGAGAAGGGCUGCUGCUCCCAAGGAUGCUGCAAGCCAGGCUGCUGCUGCUGGCCCUGCGCAGUUUGCUGUUCCAAAUGCGCCCGGUGCUGCAUGCCCCGCUGCUGCAAGUGCCCCAGCUGCCCCGGCUGCCCCGGCUGCGCCUGCAUCAAGCGGUCCCUCUGCUUCGUGCCUCGCCUGCUGUGCUACCUGCCCCGCAAGCUCCUCAGCUGCCACCACCUCAAGUGCCUCCUCAUCGUGGUGGUGGUGGUGGUCCUGCUGGUGGUCAUCAUCGCCGGCGCCCUGCUGAUGUGGCUGCGCGCGGACCAGCGGCACGCCGACACCGUUCUGCGGAUGGGGCUGCGGAGAGGACUGGCCUGGGAAGAGGAUGUGGCCACUUUCUACCUGGACGGUGGGGAUGGAGACCCAGCCACAGUCAUCUAUGAUUACAAGAACCUGCUGGUGAGCUACAGAUCCCAGCUCCACCGCGCCUGCUACGUCACCCGCGUGGACAAGGACAACAUCCCGGGGCUGGAUGCCAUCGCCAAGACUUUCCAGCACCGGCAGGCUGAGAAGAGGCUCGCCAUGCCCCUGGCCGAUCGCUCCCUCCUGGGCACCACGGCGAGCAUCCUCUGCAGCAUUGUCCCCGUCUACUGGGCUUAG